GGAAAUUUCCCUUGCGUUUUCUCUGGGGUAUUUAAGAUCAUCUACUCUUCUCUUGUAGUUAUCUGGAUAUUUCUAAGGCCAGACAAUGAAGAGCUACAGGUCUCCAUAUGUCAUCCACGAUUUUUCUCUUUUCUGUUUCAUAUGGAAAGUGGUGCCCAGACUCCUGUGCAUUUUCAGUGCUAAUAUGCUCAACAUUUCUGCCUUCCGAAUCCAUCGUGUGGAAAGUGCAGAUGACUGCCAAGAUCACACCACAUACUCCUGGCCUACUUUUGUCCUGGAAGGAGAACCCACGGUCCUAAAAUGUCUACAAUACAAAAAUACAAAGCCUUUUGAUCUGCCCCUUAACCUGACUUGGAAGAAAAAAGGUUCAUCAACUAUUAUCCCUGCAGGAUUCAAGAGUCCAAGAAUAAUGUCACAAGAAGAUGCUGUCUGGCUUUUACCAACCAUUCUUCAAGACAGUGGGGAAUACAUCUGCACUCGAAGGAAUUCCUCUUACUGUGCUAAAGUGUCAAUGCAUUUAAAAGUUGUCAAGAGAAAUGAAACCAAUAAUAUUUCCUAUCCUCAGAAGGCAUUCCUGCUUAGUUCCGGAAAGAUAGUUUGUCCUAAUCUAGAAAAUUUUAUACAAAACAAUACUAAUUAUGAACUCAAGUGGUACAAGGACUCUAUACGUCUGAACAUGGAUAAUAAGAAGUUUGUAGCUGUGAAUGGCACUAAUUAUCUCUUGAUCAAUCCUAUUUUGAUGAAUGAUUCAGGCUAUUAUACUUGUGAAAUGACCUUUGAGUUUGAAAAGGAACAAUAUAAUAUUACCAGAACUAUUCAGCUACAGAUACUUGAACAAAAGAAAAAAAAUGUCCCCGUGAUUGUCAAUCCAGAUGAAGGGAUUACAUCAGCAGUUCUCGGUUCUCAACUCACCAUCCCCUGUAGAGUUUUUAUUGGAGCAAAUAAUCAUUCUGAUGUUGAUGUCUGGUGGCUGGCUAACAACAGUUAUAUACAAAACAUUUAUCCAGACAGAAGGGUUAAGGAAGGAGAAACUGGGCAAUUUGUAGAAAAUAACAACAGAUCUAUUGAGGUGCAAUUGAUCUUUGACUCCAUCACAGAAGCCGAUUUUCAUACUGAUUUCAGAUGUGUGGCACAAAACGGUGGUGGGAAUCGUGUGCAAACAGUGACAGUCACGGAAAAAAAGAGAGAACGCGAGUUGUCUUGGUACUUGGCAGUUACUCCUGUGGCUCUGGCUAUUCUCAUCAUAGGAGGAGUGUAUUUGAGUAAAUGCUGGAAGCAAAGAUCUAACAAGGGUUAUGUUGUGGCCAACUCCUAAUGAAUAUACUUUUAUUUCUUAUAUAUAUUUUAUUUUAACAUCCUAAAUGAUUUUCUCAUCUGUCCUAAGAUAUCUAGAAUCCUUUCGGUUGUAAAGAGAAAUGAAGUUGGUGUUCUGAUGCUUGUUAAAGGAAAUCUAAUGCAAGUUCCUAAAAUAGCAAAAAUAUAAUAACUGUAUUUUUUUAAUGUUAUUUCUAAUUUUCUAUUUUUUACUGAAAUCUGAUACAGAAAAGGAACUUUAAUAGUAAACAUGAAUCAGCUACUAUCUUAUUUAGGUUUUAUAUUAAUGGGGGUAUGUGUGCAUAUUUUAUAAAUUGCAUUGAAUUUUUUUUAAAAAAAUAUGAUUAAAUUUAAAACAAAGAGAGAUGGCAGAGAAAAGAGAGAGAGAGACUUUCAGUGACUAUAAAAGCCAUAUUUCUUUUAAAAAACCUAACGAAAUUAAUCUUCCAAGGAAAAAAAAUUACAUUGUGAACCUACCAUUGUUAUAAUUCCAAUUUUUCACUUUAGUACCAAAACCUUAUUUUAUAUUUGUUAUUGCAAGUUAUGCAAAUUAUAUGUUAAUUAUAAUGUCUGAUUUUUUUGAAUUUUGGAAGCCAGUAAGGUAUUAAAGCUGA